GUCAAGGAGUGGACGUCAAAGGAUGGGCUGCGGUCCGAGAUACAGGAGCUCAAGAGGAGGCAGGAGAGCACCGAGACGGUCCUGGACGCGCUGAGGUCGCCCAGCACCAGCGGCAUCGUGCUCGAGCAGCUCCAGCGCGGCGAUUCCGUUGCCGAGAUUGAGGAAAAGGUCCUGGGCUGGACCUCGAGAAAUCCCGGAGCUGCCGCCGCCGCAGCAGCAGCAGCAGCAGCAGCAGCAGCAUUGGAUGGGGCGCGAGGUGGCGGUGGCGAUGUGAACGACGCGGCCACUUUUAGACGCGGCUCCUCGUCCGCGUCGAGCUCACACCCGCCCCUGUCGACGGGCCACCCUUUCGACGCGGCCAUGGUCCGCCCCAGCAUCAGCCCGGACGGCAUGACCAUGGCGGUGCCGGUGCCAGUGCCGCCGGGAAUGCUCCAGCCGAUGAAGAAGCUGUCGGAAUCGUACACGUCGGGCGGGUCCGAGUCGUCCUCGGCAACCACGUCGCCGCCGCUCCCGCGCCCGCUUCCGAAACCGCUUCAGCAGCACGACGCGGCAUCGUCGUGGCCGCCACCACCACUACCACUACCACCAGCACAACCCGUGACGACGGCGACGGCGACGACGACGACGACGGCACCAGCGACGACCUUUGACCACAUGCGGGGCGGCCCCCGCAUCUUCUCGACCGCCGUCAUGGAAUACCACCUCAACCUCCUCUUCUCGUGGGAGUGCCCGCCGCUGACCAUGAUCGACCGCGCCGCCUUCCUGGCCGACUUCGCCGCAGGCAGGGACCGCUACUGCUCGACCGCGCUCGAGUACGCCAUCGUGGCCGUCAGCACGAGGCUGAACGACGCCCUGGCCAACAGGGAACCGAGGCCGUCUGCACCGGGCCCCUCGACGACGACAGCGACGCAGACGAUGGCGGGUGAGCGGCAGCUAAUGGAUCAUCAUCAUUAUCCUCAUCAUAACCUCCAUCACCAUCAUCACCAACAACAACAGCAGCAGCAGCAGCAGCAGCACCACCACCACCACCACCACCACCACCACCAUCAGCAGCAGCAACAGCCGGGCCGGCUGUACUUUGACCGCGGGCUCAUGCUCCUCUCGCAAGAGACGCAACCCACGAGGCUGCCGGACGUGCAGGCGCUGGGUCUGUUUUCUCUAUUCGAAGUGUGCAGCGGCAACGAGGGCUUUGCGCGCGUGCUGGCCGAACGGUGUCUUGAAGGAACCAUGGAGCUGCUGCGGCAGGAGGCGGCAGCCUCGGCGGGCAUGUCGCCGACUGACUCGCCGAGCCUGACGAGGCAGGAGAUAGCCGAGACGUACGCGGGAGCAUAUACACUGGCCAGCAUUCUAGAAAUAGUCACGUACUCCCAGCCCGGCGCCCUGCGCUCCCUUUCCUGGCAGCCCUGGCUCCGGGAAAUCGCCGGCAGCCGCACGAGAAAGUUCUCCGACGUGGUCUUCGACCUGACCUGCAUCAUCGGGACGACGCUGUCGCUGCCAAAGUCAAACGACCCCGCCGUGGUGCUGGGCGUUUACGAAAAGUGUCUCGAGUGGUACAACUCUGCGCUUGGGGUGCUGCGGGAUGCCGUGGCCGAGGGGACGCCGUCGAGUUUGUUUCUGCACAUGUAUUACCACUUCUACCUCGGCGUCCUCUUCCGGCCCCUGGCCGACCAACAAGCCCACGACAGCACCGAAAGCUACGACUUUGACAUAUCGACAGGAUCGCCCGCCGUGUCGACGACGAUCACGACGGCGACGGGCGACCGCGCCAGCCCGCGCACAAUCUGCACCGAGUCGGCGCACGCCGUCAUCGCGCUGGCCCAGUCCUUCCGGCGCAUCUACACGCUGCGGCGGACGCCGGCCUUCCUGCCAUACUUUGUGUACGCGGCCGGCAUGAUGCUGCUGGAGCAGGGCUGGAUCGAGGCGAGAGGAGGAGGAGGAGGAGCAGGAGGAGGAAGAGGAGGAGGAGGAGGGGUGGUGGCAGCUACAGGCCGCGACGCCGUCGAUGGUGCCGACGGCGUCGGCGACGGUGUAGGUGGCGGCGGGCGCGGCGGCAGCAGCAGCGGCAGCAGCAACAACGGUAGCCAGAUCGGCGGCUUGCGGAGGGAGAGCGUGCAAAGCGCCGGCGUGGCUUUGGCUCUCGCGCAGCUGGCUGAGAUGGCGAGGGGCCAUCCUGCUGCCGCCGAGGCGUUGGAGGAUCUGAGGAGCAGGGACAUGAAUGGGUAG